AUGGUGAUAAGCCUUGGAGCUAGGGUCUAUGUUCGAAAAAAGGUGGGAAAGGAGGUUAAACAUGAGCUGGAAGUUCCACUGGAAAAAAAGCUGAUAGUUAGUGUGAUCCACUGCGAGCCAUUUCCAUCAGUGCAGUUAUCCGAAUCCUGGGUAACAAAAUCAGAGCGAACCUUUCAGAGGACAAGUCUCAAGGCAGUGGCUUUCAAAAUUCUUGCUUAA